CCUUAUUCCCAUCGUCCCCUCAAACAGGCAUCCACUUUCUUUCCUUUGUCUCUACUAUAUUUCUAGUCGCGGCAGUUCUCAGAUGGUAUUUCUUACAUCCGCCGUCUGGUCCCUUUGAGAUCACUACCCGCAUCAACCGCAAUCUUCCUAUUGUCAGCGUCAUCCCCUCCUCGACAUACAGACAGUCAACAUGCCUCCCCCUCCGCCUCCUCCUCCGCCGCCGCCGCCCGGAGGGAUGGGAGGCCCUCCUCCCCCACCUCCCCCAGGAAACUUACCAAGUAGACCCUCGGGCGCAGAAGCGAAGGGCCGGGGCGCUCUCCUUUCUGAUAUCCACAAGGGUGCAAGAUUGAAGAAGGCCGUCACCAAUGAUAGAUCAGCUCCUCAACUUGCCGGUGGAGGAGUGAAGUCUUCAGGACCUUCGGUGCCCGGUGCACCACCCAUUCCAGGCAUGGCGAAGCCUCCGGCUGGACUUGCACCUCCAGUCCCCACGGCACAGGCCGCCAACCGGCUACGGAGCAACAGCGAUACAGGGUCAGGGGCGGAUGCAGCGGCAGCAGCUCCAGCAGCUCCUCAGCUAGCUGGACUUUUUGCAGGGGGAAUGCCCAAGCUACGCAGUCGAGGGGGUGUUGAUACCGGUGCUACUCGAGAAUCCCCAUACAUGUCUGACUCGGAAAACUCCAGGGGAGCUCCCCCGCCGCCCGUUGCGUCGGCUCCCAGACCACCAGGAGCUCGUCCUCCUCCACCUCCACCUGCAACAGAUUCCCCACCGGCUCCUCCAGUCAACCCAUUGGUCGCGAACCUUCGAAAACCGCCCCCUAGGCCCGCAUCUCGUCCAUCGUCGACCGCGUCAACUGCAUCGAUCAAGUCCGCCCCUGACGCGCCUCCCCGCGCACCUCCACCGUUGCCUGGUACCGCUAAGCAUGCACCUCCUCCGAUCACAUCACGAAAACCAUCGACGACCGCUCCACCCCCGCCUCCGCCUCCGCCUUCUUCAGCUAGUCCAGCUGCGCCGCCUCCCCCACCCCCGCCAGCAGCGUCAGCCCCGCGCCCACCUCCAGCGCCGGCACGGUCAACCCCUCCUCCACCUCCUCCACCCGCAAAUGGUACUUCAGCUGCUUCCGCAGCUGUACAAGCAGCCAGAAAUGCGCUCGCUCACAUGCAGCAUACUCCUUCCAUCCCACCUCCACCUCCGCCCGCUGCCUCGGCUCCUUCCGCACCUCCACCGCCGCCACCGCCGCCUCCUUCAUCUGCUCCUCCAACGAUGCCUCCUGCAGCAGCACCUCCACGACCAAGCUCAUAUGAGUCGUUGGCCAGUCCACCCCCGGAUCGUUCCACUCUCGAUCCGAGCGCUUAUACCCUCAGCAACGGCGGGCCGUCAGCGGGAUCUAGCCCUCGGAGUCCAGGCAUGCACGGCGGAAUUCGGAUUGAUGAUCAUAGGUUCAAAUUCCAGAGCGAAGGACUGCUGCCCAAACCUCGACCCUUCGUCGGUGGUGCGCGGCGGUAUCGGGCUGGACGAGGGAGCAGUGUGCCAUUGGACCUUAGCGCAUUGAGCGGCUGAGGGGAGAUUCAGUGGUCAGUAGUUAGAUAACAUGUAUGAAUUGAAC